AAUGCAUUCAAAGCUGCAGUUUCGAGCUUUUCCCGUUUGCAACACACAAAUUUUGAUUUCAGUUGUGAUUUUCUUUUGGCACACCAGGUGCAACAUUGUGCAAAUAUUGAAAUUGUGCAAAUAUGGGAAUUACGCCGUAUUAAAGUUGCCGACGACCAGCAACAGAACAACAAAAGCAGCGUCAGCAUCAGGAGUAACGAUGUCUGUUCAAUUGGCUGUUGUCGUGGCUGCUGUUGCCUAUCUGGGACUGGGUCUCAUUGCCUCAGUUCAUGCAACGCCGCAGCAUGCAGCCUACUCUCUCCAGGCGGCAGUCGAUGAGCUGCAUCGCCGCGAGGCUGCCAAGUAUCCUCUGAACGCUCCGCCACCCUCCAGCCAUUAUGGCACGGAUCCUCUGGACGAUUGGGACGAAGAAAGCGAUUUAUUUGGCACUGGCAACAAGUAUAAGAAUCGGAAUCGCCAUAGAAUAAAUAAGGCAAUUGCCAAGUACUUAGAGCGCGAUAAUGAUAAUGCUAAGAACUAUGACAUGGGUCUGGGCUCACCAUUUGCCGGUUAUGAGUUCGAUGAUGAGCGCGACCAGCAAACGAAUCCCAAUCCUAAUUCAAAUCUCUUUGUGGACGAGAAACGCAAGCGCUCCUCGUCGCCCUUUAGGGAACGUGACGAGCAGUACGACGCCGCCGCACCAGUUGCCGCCGCUUCGUCCGUCUUCCGUGAACGUGAGAACCUGAACAACAAUGCCGCCGCCGCCGCUGGAGAUGCAGCCAGUCACAGUGAGUUGACCGAGCAGUUCUUGAGGGAGAUUGAGGAGGCCAGCGAGCAUGAGCGUCAGGAUCGUUACAAGGCCGCUUUGAGGCAGCUCUGGGAGAAGUAUCAGCAACAGGAGAACGAACUGCUUGGCAAUGGCGAUCAGGAUGAACACGAGCAACAGCAACAGCUCUUCGAGCAGAAGAAACGCAUGCGCAUGCCUCCAUACUAUCUGUUGAUGCAGAAGAAACGCUCGUAUCCGGUGCUGCCCUGGUUGCCCUAUAAUGGCGACAAGAAGAAGCGAUUCCCCGUGGCCAAGCGCGCGGUUGCCGAGUCCCCGUUGGCCAAGACCGAUGAGCGUGUGGCCCAGGAGCUAAGCGAACUCUUUGGCAAGCCCGCCAGCGACCAGCAGUCGGAGGAGAAGAAGAAACGUUCGACCGAGGAGCAAACCAAAGCCGCGUCCACAACUCAUCAACCGGAGACAGCAGCCACCGCCACAGCUUUGGGUGAUAUGCGUCUAGAGAUCAACUUUCAGCGAGUGAACGUCACGAAUGCGGCUCCAAAGGAGACACCAACAGCAGCGCCAGCCAAGGCAGUUGGCACUCCCGAGAUGGUCAUGCAUGGUGGACACACGGGACACCAUCGGAAGCGCAGCGAGCAUCACUCGGAUGAGGAGUACGGCGAGCACGAUGAACACGAUGGUGAGGGCGAGGGAGAAGAAAGUUCCGAUGAGGAUGAUCACGAUGAGUUCGAUGAGGAUGACGAAGCUGAGGGCGAGGGUGAAGGCGAUGCUGGCGAGCGACGACGCAAGAAGAAGCGUGCUGCCAAUGCCAAACAUGUUCAUAGUCCAACUGUGGGUCACUUGAUGCUGCGUGCCAAAAAAUCCAUCGAUUGGUCGCAAUACUUUGGACUCGAUCGCAAGAAGAAAUCUGAGCAGCUGUCAGAGUAAGUGCAAUCCAACAAAUCAUGAAAUGACAGCAAAGAGGAAGUCGAAGAGGAUGCCCAGAAGAAGAAGAAGCGCGAACUUGAUCCCGAGAAGCUGGAGAGCAUGGACAAGAAGUUGCAGUCCAUCGAGGACUUCAUCAUUGAUGAGACCAUCAAGUAUACGGGUGCACACGAGGGCAUCAACAACCAGGAGGAGAUUCGAAAGCUCAAGGAGCAUGUGUUGGCACGCCUAGCGACCGCUUAUAGUCUGGAAAAGAUGCGUCGGGCACUGGAUAAGCUGCGUCAGUCCGUGGAUGCUGAGAAUCAUCUGUUGCGCAAUGUCAUUGAAUCCGAUUCGGACGAGAACACAUUAGAUGAGCGCUGGCCAUCGAAGCGCUACAGCGUAAAGAAGGAGCAGGCUGAUGAACUGGCAGAAGACCUACAACAGUCGAAGAAGAAGCGCAGCGGUUACAUGCGUUAUCCAGAGCCGCCCAAUGCCAUGGAUGAGGCCAUGAGCUUGAAUGGUGCUCCCUACGAGGCCCUCAACGAUGCUUACUUGGGCAACAAGAACUACAUCAUUGGCUCCAAUCAAUGUCCCGUUAUCGAAUCCAUGGCGGAGCGUUGCCGCAGCGUUGAUCUCAUUUCCGGAGAUUUGAACCAAGAGCUUCUUCCAGUCUGCGGCGUCCAUCAGAUUUGCUAUCUCUGCGGCACAUCGCAAGUGGCCUGCGAUUAUCAGUAUUUGGCCGAGGCGGACUCCAUCUGUGGCACCAGCAACGAAUGCCAGGCUGCAGCUCGCUCCGUGCUGAUGAUCCUGCGUGGGACUCCCGGACGUCAGCUGGGUCCACGUGAAUGUUUGAAGAAUCCUUGCUUGUACCGAGCCAUGCGUGAGAUUGGUCUCUAAAUGAGCAACGAUCCCUUUCUUAACGUCCUUUUGUGUGCGUUUAAAAAGAACACAACAACAAAAAUCUACUAAAAAAAAUGAUAAAUGAUAAAAAAGGAAUACAAAAAAAAACAAAGAAA